GCAUCACAGGAAACGGAAACACCGUGUGGCAGCGUAACCAUGGCGUGUACUUCCGUUUCCCUUCCAGUCGGGAUUGUUGUGCGCUCUGCAGGAAUGUGUGGAGAUGCUGUCGCUGGGGGAGAGGGCACAGCCGCAGCGUCCUGCUGACAGAUGAACGCAGUAACGGCGCUGACACACUCGCAUCCGCGCGGCUGCGCAUCGGUCCCGUUACCGCACAUUCCCGGACUCGCAUGAUUGACUGAAGCGGCCCCUCCUCAUGGCGAAAAACACCCUGUCCUCACGAUUCCGGGGAGUCGACAUCGACGAAUACGACGAGAAUAAAUUCGUGGACGAGCAGGACGAGGCGGCCGAGCAGCAGGGACCGGACGCGUGCGAGGUGGACCAUCUGAUCAGGCAAGGGGACAUGAUGACAGCAUUUCACAUCGCCUUGAGGAUUCCACCAAUCAACUCCAAGAAUCCAGCAGUGAAAGAUCGGGCACAGGCAGUGGUGUUACGAGUGCUGACUGCAUUCAAGAGCAGCGAUAUCGAGCCGGCCGUGAAGUCUCUGGACAGGAACGGAGUGGACCUGCUGAUGAAGUACAUCUACAGAGGCUUCGAGAAGCCCUCAGACAACAGCAGCGCCAUCCUGCUCCAGUGGCACGAAAAGGCUUUCGCUGUGGGGGGUCUGGGGUCCAUCGUACGAGUGCUGACUGCGAGAAAAUCUGUCUGAGGAGCCGCAAGAAAACAGAGAGAUAAGCAGCCACGGGAUUUGUUUCUCUUUCUUAGACAAGGACAACUUCCUCUCUCACAGCUCAGCCUUAUCCGAGGGAAAACCACUCAUGCUCAACCGAUUAUUUCACUCAAAAACAGAGAUAUUGUAUGAUAUUUAAUGUAAAUUAUUGAUGCAUCAAUAUGUUGUUACGGAAGUCACGAUUCUCGACUAAUGAAGGUGAACGGUUGUGCGACGGAAGGAUGAGGAGUCUCGUGACCAGACUUUGCUGUUUGAGCCCUGAGCUGCAGUUUCAGGGAAUGAAAUACUGUGACGAAUAUGAAAGUUGUAUUUGCCUGUUUUACUUAGUUGGCGCUCUCGGAUGUGUAGUUCUCAUUUCUUUAGUUCCGGUUUUAAUUUUUUCUUAUUGUGCAGAAAGAGGAUGAUGUUUAAUAUAUAGUAUUUAGGUGGUGGAUUUAUGGUUCAAAUCGUAGUGUGGGGUUGGGUCGGGAGAGUUAUUGUGAAGUGCCUGGUGCAAUAAAGAACAUUAAGAGUGUAUUUCUUUUCU